UGGAGCUGGUGCUGGGUUCCUCCCGGACGGUGUAGGGUAGCGGCGGCGUGGCCUGCCGGGCGGCUGGGACACAUGGGGGACGCGCUGGACGAGCCUUGGUGGGCGCCUCAGCCCGGAACACACAGUAGCAGCGACGGCAAUAGCCCAGAUCCUUCUGAUGAUGAAGAAAUGGAAAAAUCAACCAACACAAGUAAACCAGUGCAGCCUGACUCAGACUCCGAGUCCAAACCUGCUACAUCAAAGAAAAGAAAACAGCCUGCGGAAUGUUUUCUAACUCGUCCUGAGGAAAAAGAAGAAAACACUGUGAAGGUGAAAAGGAGAAGGAAGAAGAAAAUUUCUGAUAUUCUUGCAAAAUCAUCUCCAAAACCAGGCAUCCCUGAAGACCUACAAAAGCUACUUAAUCAACACUUUGGUACUAAACGUUCAGUGAUUGAACUAGAAGAGUUAAAACUGCCAGAUUCCUGUUUCCUGCCAGCCAAUGACCUCACCCACAGUUUUUCUUCAUACCUAAAGGAAAUCUGUCCCAAAUGGGCAAAACUUCGUAAAACCCACAAGGAGAAGAAGUCUGUGCUGAUGCUGAUUAUCUGCAGUUCUGCUCUCCGUUGUUUGGAGCUCAUUAAGUCAAUGACGGCAUUCAAAGGAGACUGCAAAGUUAUUAAAUUGUUUGCAAAACACAUAAAGAUAAAAGAACAGAUUCACAUGCUGGAGAAUGGUGUCAUCCACCUGGGUGUAGGAACACCUGGAAGAAUAAAAGCACUAGUAAAACAAGAUGGCCUAAGCUUGAACUCCUUGAAGUAUCUGAUUUUGGAUUGGAACUGGAGAGAUCAGAAGUUAAGGAGAAUGAUUGAUAUCCCUGAGAUAAGGAAAGAAGCAAUUGACCUUCUGGAAAUGGGAAUUAUAAAGCUGUGCAGAGAGGAUUCUGUGAAGCUGGGACUCUUUUAAUGGUGUAACUAACACGGAUGCAAUUUACUGCUGUAUUUCACUUAUCAUUGUCUGUAGUAGGCAACUGUUCAGUGGCUGACUGGAUUCAGUUCUUCCAUUUCUGAGUUGCUUAGCAGAAAUGCGUAUUACAAUGUUUAUCAGCUUCUGGCCGUCUUAUAAUAAAGCAAAGGUUUGCAUGUA